AUUUGCUUGUCCUGUUAGGUUAGCCUGACCCGUUGGUUAACCGACACCGAUCUCUCUUUCUAUAUUCAUCGCUUUCGAUUGCGGUGAAGAGAUUGCGUUUGGUACUCCUGUUGUGUUCUUCCUGUUGUCUCUCUGAAAUCAAUCAUCGCCCCAAAGAAUUUUUGAUUCAUUCCCUCUUUCAUUCACCUUAACAAUUUGCUUCUUCAAAACCCUAGUUCAUGGACAACUCCAAAGACCAAGGCAGCAAGAUCGCCAACACCGAUGAAAACCCUAGCAGCAAUACUCAAUCACCUGUUGAUUCUUCCCUUAUUCCUGCUGCCACUGUAGAAAAUGGCAAUCCAAACCGCCCUUCUGCGGCUCCUAGAACUCCCUUUACCAAUCUAAGUCAGGUCGAUGCUGAUCUUGCCCUCGCUCGUACACUACAAGACCAGGAAAGGGCAUAUAUGAUGUUGAGAAUGAAUGGCGAUGGGAGUGACCAUGAGAGUUGGGAAACAGGAAGUUAUGUGCAUGAUGAUGAUGAUGAAUUUGAUCAUCACAACAGUGAAUACGAGGGUUCUGAAGCCAAUGAGGAAGAAGAAGAUGCAUUUGAUGUCCAUGCUCAUCUUGAUCUUGGAUCUGGAGAGGAGGAUAGAGGUAACCACGGUGUUGAAUUAGAUCCUGCUUCUUUCCCAGAUGAUGAGUCAUAUGCAAGAGCUUUACAAGAUGCUGAAGAUCAAGAAAUGGCUGCUAGAUUAUUGGCCCUCACUGGCAUACAUGAAAUGGUUACAGAGGAAGAUGAUGAUAUUGAUGAUCACGGUGGUAAUUCUCAGGGUACAUGGGAUGAUGUUGACCCAGAUGAACUAUCAUAUGAGGAAUUACUUGCACUUGGUGAAGUGGUGGGGACAGAAAGCAGAGGGCUCUCUGCUGAUUCAAUUUCUUCUUUGCGCUCAGUAGUAUACAAGAUCCAGAAUAAUCAAAACGGAAGCAGUGAUACAUGUGUUAUUUGUCGGUUAGAUUAUGAAGAUGGGGAAAACUUGAUCUUGCUGUCUUGUAAACACUCUUACCAUUCUGAAUGCAUAACCAACUGGUUACAAAUCAACAAGGUGUGCCCUGUUUGCAGCACGGAGGUGUCAACAUCAUCCGGAACUGGAACCACAGGCUGUUGACUCGGAUGAUGAAUGAAUUGAUGGAUGGUUUUAUCUUUUUACUAUUGUGUGAAAACUGAAAAACACCAGACCAUAAAUAAUAUGAUUUCUGACAAUUGUAUUGUUUGUUACUUGUUAGUUAUAUAUUAUAAUCUCUAUAUAAUAUGCUGUAGUUGGUUA